AUGGAUGACAACAGGUUAAUAACUGGAGCCAGAGAUGGUGUGUUAAAUAUAUGGAAUUACAAUAACGGACACUGUCUCAGAAAACUACAAAAAUCCAAGGGUAAUGAUGAAAUCUGUGAUGUGGUAUACGUCGAGAUGAACAAGAAUCGUUACAUUAUAUCUGUAGGAUGGGACAAAAGAAUCAAUAUUUACUCUGACUCUCAGACUGAUUCCAAUAUUACACCAAUGUUCCCCACAGAUAUUUCAUAUAGCUUCUUGAAAAAUGGACAUAAGGAAGACAUAUUGUCCAUAGCCCAGUGCCAACCAAACUUACUGGCAACAGCAGGGUAUGAUGGUGAAAUAGUUGUAUGGAAUAUGACUUCCACAGAGGGUGCUUUAAUCAGUACGAUGACAAUCAACGAAGCCAACACUAUGCUAUGUGUGGCAGAUAAUUUAGGAUUUGUAUUUGUAUAUAAUGUUGACGGCUAUGCAUUGUCAGGGUAUGAAGAGGAAUCUCCUGAAUUGGUGAACACAUGGAGAGGACAUGUAGAUAGUAUAUCUUGUAUAGAGUAA